GCAUUUUGACUUUACCUAAUGUGGGUACUGACAGUUUACAGCAGUUACCGGAGAAUCAAAAAUAAAGACACAUUCAGCCUACAAUGAAUACGCCUCAGAAGAUGCCAUUCCCAACUGUCUUUGUUAGAAAACGGUCCUGUACUGUAUCUUCCAGUCCAGUAAAUGACUGUUCGAAUAUAAAAAUUGCACAGAUGAAUGAAGCAGUGCCUCUUCUGAAAUCAGAUAUGGCAGUCCCUAACCAAACGGAUGAACAUGUUUUGUCUGUAGCUGGAGAGCAUACUCUGUCUUCAAAACAGAUUUUCAUGGGCGAAGAAAUAAUAAAUCAGAAAAGCAAAACUGAAACGGCAAUUCAGUCAAAUAUAAAAGGUAAAAUUCAUAAAAUAAAAGCCAUCAUCAAAAGUGACUUGAAGGGUGAGGCUGAGAGAAAUGCAAAAAUUCCACAGGAAAAAAUUGGAUUGCUCUCCCGUGUCAAAAUGGGUGUGUUUACUGCAGGUAUAGUCAAGAUAAGACUGAAAAAACAGAAGAAGAAUAAUAAGAAAAAGAAUAUGCUGAAGAACAAGUCUUCUAAGUCAAAAAGUGCUAUUCAUACUAGGGAAAGAGACCUGGAAACAGCAGCAAGUGGCCACCUCACCUCUGAGCAAUCAGGCAGGAGAAACUGUGCUUAUUACGGCUUCUUUUACUUAUCAGGCAGUGCGAUGCAGAUUUUGCCUGCUGCCCCAUUAACAGAAAAGUACCGGAAGGUGCAGCAGGAAGACAGCCAUGUAUGCAUGGUCCUAAAAAUAUGUGCAGGGGGCCGGUGGUUUGAAAACAGCCUAAAGGUAAACUUAAUAUGCUACUGCAUUUUCCUUGAUUGUGGAUUUCAGUGCUGUUUCACUGAAUGUGAGUUUCAAGGGUAG